ACUAAGCGCGCGCGCCCCACCAGAGUGCCCCGACGAGGAGUCAGGAGAGCAGAGAGAGCCCCUUUUGGCCGACAGGAGUAGAAUCCAAUCAGCAAAUACUAAAAAUACUGGACUUGACAUUGGUGUGAGAGAGACACCCCGAAAUUCGUUGUGUGUUUAGGAUCUUUCCCAAGUGGUUAUUCUCUGUGGCAGUGCAGUGAUCAGCUGGAAAGGACACCAGAGUAGUGUUCUGUUGUGUUUAAUCAGUGGCGUCUUAUUGUUGAGUUCCCCCACAAAAAGCCAUGGCAGCGAUUGUGAGAGUGCGCGCUCUGGGCCUCAAGGCUGCCACUCUGGUGCCCCAGCGCGGCUUUGCGUCCGCCCUGGAGGACAAGGAGAUCAAGAAGUCCGUGUUCAUCUCCCAGUCAUAUGACAUCUUCACGAAUUUGGCGCUGGAGGACUGGAUUUAUCGCAAUUUCGACUUCAAGAACCACCACGUGCUCAUGCUGUGGAGUAACAAUCCGUGCGUGGUGAUUGGGAGGCACCAGAAUCCCUGGGUGGAGGCCAACAUAUCCGCCCUGGAACGCAAUGGUGUGGCGCUGGCCAGGCGGAACAGCGGCGGCGGCACCGUUUAUCACGAUCGCGGCAAUCUCAAUUGCACCUUCUUCACGCCGCGCGACAGAUACAACCGCAAGUACAACCUCAGUCUCAUCACGAGGGCACUGUUCCGUGAGUGGAGCAUCAAGGCGGACAUCUCCGAGCGCGACGACAUCCUGUUCCGCGGCAAGAAGCAGAUUUCAGGAACAGCCGCGAAGCUGGGACAACCCAACGCCUAUCAUCACUGCACGCUGUUGGUGAACAGCAACAAGGAUCAGCUGACUCAGGCUCUGACGAUGGAAAAGAACGACAUUCAGAGCCGUGCUACAAAGUCUGUUCCAGCUCAAGUGAAAAAUUUAACGGAUGCCAACAAACAAGUGAACGUGCCACAAUUGCUGUCCGCCAUUGGAUAUGAAUUUCUGCGCACAAAUCCCACGGAGCUUGUGGAUGGCGGACGCGAGUUGGUGAUGAAACAGCGCGGCUUUCAGCUCAUCAAUCCGACGGAGAAGUGGUUUCCGGGCAUCACGACGCUCAGGGACAACUUCGAGGCGUGGGACUGGCGCUUCGGGCGGACGCCAAAGUUCUCGGUGGAGAAGAGCAUUGAGCUAAAGUCCGAGGAGAAGAUCCACAAUGUGAAGCUGCACGUGGACGUGGAGGGCGGCAUCAUGACGGAGAUCACGCUGAUGCUGUCACAGGGCGGCGAUGCACUGCCAGUGGUGUCCAGCCUCAAGGGCAGGGAGUACAGCGAGGAGAACAUGAGUGGGAUCAUUGCGGCGCUGAAGGGCGUGAGUGCGGAGAAUGUGAAGCUGGCGAUGAACAACUUAUGAAGCUUGACGAUCGAUGACUAAAGUAUUUUCCAACACCCCCAAAAAGCUUGUUCACACACACACAUACGAUCGAUGGCCUUAGAAAAGCACUUGAAGAAGACUGAGAAGAGAAACAACACUAACUGGACAAGAGUUGGAGGCGCAACUCUUGUGUUUUUAGGCUUAAAGAAAAAAAAAUUAGGAUUUUUUACAUGAGGAAAUUAGUGAGAUUGGCUUUGAUUCUAGAUUUACAUUCUUUUUUCUCCCAUGGGAUUGUUUAAGCAUCGAUUUUUGUUAGUUUUUAAGUAUUACACGGAAAAAACUGUACAGUUUUUUCUUAAAAAAUUCAAGAAUAUAAUCAUAUCAUUUGCAUCAUUGUGCCUAUAUUAUAAUUAGCUUUUCUUUAUUUGUAAUUCUUGUAUCAUUGAUUAUGUUUAGGCUACUCUAUGUGGCGGUUCUUUAGGUUGAGCAAACUCAUUUAUUUUUAAUAUUUGCUGAUUGAGUUUUUGCAAUGGAUCAGACGAGUGGAAAUUGUAAUGUUAUUUAUUAAUAAAUAAGUUUUCACAAUA